AAGGAAGAGCGUGUUAGACACCACGUAAUUUUGACGCUCGGAACACGUUGUCCACAAAUCGCCGGCAUGAAACUCGCGCUUUCCUAAGCGGUUUUCGAAGUUUUAAAAGAUAGUGGAGUAACAUCGAUAAUAAAAAAUGUUCCAUAAACUGUUAUUGGUGUCAUGUUUAUUAGUACCGGCUCGAAGGACCGUGGUGGAUUGUUUUAACAUAGAAGAUAGGGACCCGCUGGUAAAAAAAGCUCCGGAUGAUCAGAUCGGGAGCUACUUUGGAUUUAGUGUCGCCCUGCACAAGGCUAGAGAGGAUAGCUCGUCUAUAGCAGACAAUUGGCUGCUGGUUGGUGCUCCGCUGGGUAAAAAUCUUCAACCUGGAUCGAACUUCUCGGGCGCAUUGUUCAAAUGUCCCAUCUCAAACAGUGACACGGACUGUGUUCAGGUCGAGACGGACGGGCAGCGGCGGCCGUCAGGGAAGUAUUUAUUCGAAGAUUUCGAUUAUGGUGACAACGACAACGAAAAUGACGGCUUAAAGCCUCCAGGUGCGGACGAAAUCAAAACAGGUCAGUGGUUGGGCGUGUCCGUGCGAUCUCAGAAGCCUGGCGGUUUGGUGAUCGUCUGCGCUCAUCGCUACAUCCAAAGUCCGGACCUGAGCAAAUUUCACUUCGGUCAAGGGUUCUGCUAUUUGCUGGAUAGCGACCUCAAGGCCACGGAGAGCUUACAAUAUUGCAAGGGUAGACCUACGGAGAAACUUCAUCAGCAAUACGGCUUCUGCCAAAUAGGCACCAGCUCGGCAUUUGUCGGAGACGAUUUUGCUCUGGUAGGUGCACCUGGUCCUUAUACGUGGAGGGGCACAAUUUUCGGGCAAGUAGUCGUCGGCGACUUCCUCGAUAGAGACAAGACUAUUUACAGAGGUCCAUUGAACGACAACCCCACUCCAAUCGACAAAUAUAGCUAUCUAGGAAUGAGCGUGGCUGGUGGGCAUUUUUUCAGUAAAAAGAGAUAUACUUAUGCGUCUGGAGCACCACGAUCUCAGAUGGUGGGCCAAGUCUACUUCUUUGAUAAGAACCAAGGGUAUUCUAACAGCGAAGAGUUUAACAUUUCUCUGAUUGUAACGGGACAGCAGUUCGCCUCCAGUUUUGGAUACGAAAUUCUUGCUGUCGACGUUAACAAUGACGGGUACGACGAGUUGCUGGUAGGCGCUCCAUUUUAUUACGGAGAAGGUGAAGGGGGUGCCGUAUAUAUUUACUACAAUCUGCGGGGAUGCAAUUCGGACGCUGAUUGCAAGUGGGACAAGGUUAUGUACGGGAAGGAGCAGUCGCGGUUCGGCUUCGCCAUGACCUCCAUUGGGGACAUCAACAAAGACGGUUACAAUGACAUCGCUAUUGGAGCUCCAUACGAAAACCAACAUGGCGCCGUCUACAUCUACUUAGGGUCCGCGAGCGGAUUAAACGAAGAACCGUCUCAGGUGAUGCGGUUCGAACAACUUACAACUUUCGGAUACUCGUUGAGCGGCGGCUUGGAUAUGGACAACAAUGGCUACCCGGAUCUGCUAGUCGGCGCCUACGAUUCCGACAGAGCCCUGCUCUUCAAGACGAGGCCGAUCAUCGACAUCAAAAUAGACAUUUCCGGCAACGAAAUGAAGAACAUCAACGCGUCUAGAAAGGGAUGUUCGAGGGACCCCGGCAACCUGAAUAACACAUGCUUCUCGAUAACGUCGUGUUUCAAAAUAUCCGGCCAAGCGAAAAAGUUCGAGCGCUUCUCCGUCGAAUAUUAUAUCACGGAAAUUAAGAAAAUCGUAUCGAGAGUAUGGUUCCAAAACGAAAAGUAUCCCAACAAAAGGGCCCCCGAUAACCGGCGUGUCGUAGAAGUCAGCAGUUUUUCCAAGGCGUAUUGCCAAAACGAGCUGGUGUAUAUUAAGGAGGGAGUUAGCGAUAUCCUGUCUCCGAUAAAGUUCAAAGUAAAGUACACGCUGGAGAACGACAACAAGUAUCACACGCCCAUUUUGAACAAAACUUCCGUCAAAGACUUUGAGGCGACGUUCCAGAAGAACUGCGGAGAGGAUGACGUUUGCGUCAGUUAUCUCGUGCUGAAAGCUGGGACCAAUUUAGAAAAAAAUGCUGAUGGCGAAUAUACAGUAAAUAUGGUCAACGAGGAGUUCGUUCUUGACGCGAACAUAACUAACUAUAACGAGUCCGCCUAUGAGGCUAAACUUUUUGUAUUUCAUCCUCCAGCGCUUAGUUAUAUCAAUUUAAAAACUGAGAAAGACCAGCCGACAAGCGCCAAAUGUUCAUUCAAGAACGAAACCUUAGUGGUCUGUGAUUUGGGCAAUCCUUUCCAUGGAAACAGUACUGCCAACCUCAAACUCCGAUUCGAAAUCAUGAAAGACACCAAAGAUCAGAAACUGGACCUGAGACUUUUGGUAAACUCCACAUCCACCGAGAGCUCGCCUUACACUUCUCAAAAUGUGGUAGCCAUAUUACAGAAGAUUGCAGAUUUUAUGAUCACAGGGAAAGGAUCUACGAAUCUAUUCUAUGGCGGCCAAGUCAUUGGCGAAUCCGCUAUGAAACACUUGGAGGACAUUGGUGCUCGCGUCACUCACCACUAUGGGAUCGAUAAUAGAGGAGAAUGGGACUUGCCCGACAUUAGGUUGCACAUAAGGUGGCCCUAUCAGGUUAGGGCUGCCAAUGAAGGAGACGAGGGGAAAUGGUUGUUGUACUUGGAGGGUAUACCAACAGUGUCAGGGUUUGGAGUGACAGGGUUAUGCGAAGUGGAAGACGAGUCUGUGAUAAACCCUUUAAAUUUAACACUUUUGAACCCGCCUACAGACGAACCUGAAAAUUUACUAUUACCUCAGGAAAUAUUCUACGAUAACGAAACCUCCAGCACUUUGAGGAGGCGUCGCAGGGACGUGGAAUAUGUCGUUCAACCUCAAGAAAUUACCAAGGGCGGCAUAAAGAGGAGAAUUACUGCUUUGAACUGCAUAGCGCGUACUGCCAAGUGCGCAAAUAUCGUGUGCUACAUCAGGAAACUUAAGAAACAGCAUCAAGCGUACAUUGAGAUCAGGUCGCGCAUUUGGAACUCGACGUUGGUAGAAGACUAUAAUAAUGUAGACUGGGUGCAAAUCAACUCCCAUGCUGUUGUUGAAUUGACUGACGCGACUUUUAUCACCAAACCUGAACAAAUAUUCGAUUUUUCGGCUGAAACAUUAAUGUAUCCCGAGACGGUCCAGCCCUAUUCAGAACUCAACAUAUGGAUAAUUGUGGGAGCUGUUAUAGCAGGACUUCUACUGCUGAUAGUGCUUGUAGUGAUCCUGUAUAAGUGCGGAUUUUUCAAAAGGAAGAGAGUUAGCAAAGACCCUACAUUGUCGGGAAACUUGCUGAUGAAGGAAGAAAACGAUAAGCUGUUAAUGAAAAGUAAAUAGCUGUUUUGGCAGUCCUUGAAAAAAUUAUGUUACUUCACUAGUGCUUGUUGAAAAUGUGAUAAAACUUUCAAAAAGUGUGCUAUAUUUAUUUGUUAUUUUUUAUUCAAUUUUGGUGCUGCUAUAUUGGAAACGAAUCAAAAUGUACAUAUAAUGUUUGAGCGAAGUGUAAGUUAGUAACGUACUUAAAAUUAUUUUGUUGUUGUUAUAUUUUUUAAAUAUUAUUAAUGUAAAGUAGGUAAUUGUCUAAAGUAUUGUGUUCAAAUGAAAAAGUCUGUUCCUUACUAACACUUUAAAUCAUAAAGUUAUAUAUCUAAAGCACUGUAUUUGAUAUUCGAUAUCUAUGGCUUGUAUACCGUGGCACUGCCAUUUUUUGAAACGGACUGUAACCCCUUUGUUGAACUGUACAUAGUUGUAUAUAUUAAAUCGGUGAUAAGUAUUUAGA